CCCCCAGUCCUGGGGAAUACUGGUGUGUCAUUUCGAUAAUUGAUUCUUCGGAUUGAGAUAUGAAAAUGAGAGAUCUGAAAUUAUACAACGGUUGUAUAGAGAAGUGAGUUGUGAUAUGCGCGAUCAAGCAUAACUGACUGAAAUGGACUUUCUUACGUCACGCGGGCUGCAGGUGAGCAGCUGCUCUCCCAGCCGCCUUCCACCUUGUUGACACUGUCGCGACACAACCCCCGGUCACAAAUAAGCGCAGUUGUUGAUAACUUACCCUCAUCACCAUGCAAGUAGCGGAAAUCCUCUCCGAUCUCACCUCUUUGCGCGUCUGUGAUUACAACGACGCUCUGGCACUCGUUACCAUUCAAGAGAGAUUGGACUCUCACCCUGAAGAGAAACAAUCACAGCCCAGCAACAGGGAAGAAACACCUGCUCUGCAGCAGGAAAAGGACCAGCUACGCCAAGCAAAGGAACUAGUCGAGCUACAUCAUGAUGUCAAGGCUCGGCAUGCUUUGGGGACCGUGGAUGAAGGGCUGGCCAACUUGAGGCAAGACGUUCAACGUGUCUUACUGGAGCUGAGGCCCCGCACAACGCUACCAGAAUGAAAGAAAGUACAUAGCACAAUACCAAGGUCUAAUGUGGGGCUGUACUGCGAGGCGCUUGCAAAGCUUUGUGUUCUAUGUCCCAUCUAAUUCGGACACUUUCAGUGAAAAUAACGAUGGCAUUGACCUGGCCCAUUACAGAGUUUCCACGCGUGCAAGUCAUAGGAUCGCUCACGAGGCAAGCGAAACUGGCGGUGGGUUUUUGGGCGAGGGAUAUCCGUGCUCAACACCCGAGUAACCAUCAUUGUACCAGUCAGAGACCGCAAGUCACCCGUAAUCCAUUUACUGCGUGCGGCACAAUAGGAACAAACUCUACACCAGUCCAACCACCAGUAUCUCUCGGAGUCAAGGUCCCUGUGAGGGCAGGUGGGUAUCUGCUUGCACCAGAUCGCAAAUG